AUGUUCAAAGCCCUGAUGGGCGGGGGCCCAUCGUCGUCCUCUUCCGACGUUCAUAGCAGCCCCAAGAGCAGCCAGCACAAGUCAGAAACGUCCGACAAGUCCGACACAAGAGCGAUCUCAAGUUUCAAGUCCUCACGGGGUGACAACCGUGACCGCGGCCCGGGUGAUCUGUCGCCUUACUCGCCAUCGGCUUCCCGCAGUAAGCGUGGCCCACCCAGCAUUGUCAGCGAAUCUAUCACAUCAACCCAUGUGACCGCCGAGCCAGAAGCUACUGAUGAUUCUGAUCGCUACUAUAUUGAACGCAUACCAGAACACAAAGACAGUGAAUGGGAAAGCAAGAGUUCUUGCUGGCGCGACCAGGACCGAUCCGAAAGUUCAGAGCGCGAAAAAAGGAGCCGUCGAGCAACACUAGAUACCCUGGACGAUGAGUUAGACCGGGAACGCGACCGUGUUGACCGUCGCUGGACACAGCCGGAGGAUCCGUAUGCGUCCCCAGUAUUCACAAAUAUGCCGUCCAGCGUCCCCGGUGCGCAGUUUGCCGCCGAAAUCGGUGUUCCGGAAUCCUCGCAAUUCCCCGUGCAAUGCAACACUCAGAUACCAUCCGCAGACCAUUCGCCAGCACAAGAAGUUCCAUAUAACCCGCACGUGCAGCAGCAAUUUCCCGGCCAGUUCCCAGAGCAAGUUGCUGCACCGUAUCGGCCGCCUAAUCCUGCCGGCGCCGCGGCAGACUACUAUGGUGACCAAGGCCAGUCUGUUGAGCACCAGCCCGGUAUUCGACCGGCUCCUCCUAGUGUGCUUCCCAACACUCAAGCACACUUGAUGGCUGCAUCUCCAUCGGCUAAUCCACCGCCAGAGCCCAGUAGCCUGGGCGAGACUGGUGCGGCGGCGGCAUAUUACGACGAUAAUUUCAAUCCUCCGGUACAGCAAGGACAGCCGCCGGUAGUCUCUCCAUCUAGACCUCCAAAACCGUCGAGGCCUUCGAUGCCUUAUCCAUCGGGUGUUUUUCCUGCUGCUGCCGUUGGAGGUGCUGCUUAUGGCACUGGUGGCAUGAUGUAUCAAUCUGAGUCGCAUUGCCCUCAACAGCACACUACUUCGUACACGCAGCAGGGACAGCCAGUGUUACAGGGCCAGGCAACGACACAGGAUCAGCCAAUGGAAUAUGAUCAGGCAAUGGGAAGUAGUAGCCAAAUGUCUCCCUCUAAGCCGUCCUAUUUUCAUGGUUUCAGUGACAGUGUCGGGAUUGCCGCUGCAGGUGCUGCAACAGGGUAUAUUGUGAGUCAUCAGAAUCACUCCUCCAGCCCCGAUUACGCACCUCAAUGUGCUUUCCAGCACCACGAGCAAUCUUCUGAGUCCGAUGGUGUGUUGCCGAAUUCCCCUGGGCAAGAUGAUGCAUUGAAUAUUACAGGCACGGGAGAAUAUGUUGCUAGUGCUGUCUACAGUCCGGGGUUCUAUCCCCAUGGACCCAGCGCGCUAGCUUUGAAAGAGCGUCAACGUGGCCCUAUAGGAAGAUUCGUUGAUUUCUGGCGUGACCCCGAGGCCGUCGGAAGAUUCGAGGACUACACGGAAACCAUCGGUGUGUGCAAGUACUGUUUCCAACCUGGCACGAGCUCAGCCAAUGCCCCUCGCAAGCACCAUUAUCACAGACGCCGUAGAAGCUCUCCCGAUCGGCGGAGUAGUGGUGGCUCCAGAGUAAGCAAAAAUAGCCGAUACAACUCCUCCGAUGAGGAGAGCCGCCGACGGUUGAAGUCUAAGAAGUCUUCCUCAUGGCUACCUGGCAUGCUAGCCGGUUAUGCGACCAAGUCGCUCUUCUCGAGCAAGGAGUUUGACGAUUCCUACAGCCUUCGCUCCGGCCGAGUGGAUUCUUCCCAUGGCGAAGAAGACCGAAGGAGUCACACCUGUCCUGGUGUGACCCGUCGCUCUGGCCGCAGUCCUCAAAGAGACCAUUAUGCGCACUCCAAACAUGCAUCUCAAUCUGGAUAUUCUCGGCACACACACUCCCAAUCGCGGUCUUCCUCUCGAUCUGGCAGGCAUUCGUAUCUGAAGGAGGCCGCUCUCGGUGCCGCAGUGGGCGGGGCUGCGAUAGCUGUUGCAAAGUCGCCUAGCCGCUCGCGUAGUCGUUCUCCUGAAAGACAACAGCGCCGAAAGGAUUCGUCCUCAUCAUCGUCCUUUGUCAAUGUUCCCAGGCCCGCCAUGAUGUCCAUCGCUGGUGGUAUCGGCUCUUUCUUCACUGCAUCUUCCGAGAACAAGAAGAAACGUAACACCAAGAAGCGGAGCGGGUUCUUUUCUUUCAAGAGUGGGUCAUCCUCCUCCUCAUUGGACAACGAUCUGGCUUUCGGGGAUGGAUUCUCGAAGAAGUCCUCCAAGCGCAAGAAGAAGGGCAAAACAGUUAAAGAUGUCGAUGCCGCUUUGAUAGAGCUUAGUGACACGGCAACCCGUUUGGCUGGCUCCUCACACUACAGUCCUGGGCGUAGCGCAGGCCAGAUGUAUAAAUCUCGAUCUCGACAGUCUAAAUACGCCCACUCUGCCACACAGGACGAAGAAUGGGUCGAUGACGAGUCGGAAGACCCGGAUUCUUCAAGUGUUAGCUCUGCGCUCGCCUUCGGAGGAAGCAGCGCUGACUCUUCCUCAGACUCCGACAGCAGCACGUGGGGCUGGAGAUGGGGAAGCAAAAUGGACAAACGGUCGAGUGCUACAAAUGCCGCUCUGGUAGCUGGCGCUGGCGCGAUCGAAACCGGUGCAAUUUUCUCCGCUCGUCACCGUGAUAGCGAUCCCCCAAGUAGACAUGGGAGCCUGCAACUUGUUUACCCAAUAUCUACUUCCGACCCCUCUCGCUUUGAUGUUGCGAACAUGCCCCCAUCUGUGUCUGCCGAGGAACUAACUCUCAUCCGCCCGGGACCCAUCCCUCUCCAGCAGCCUCAGCCUUUCACCCCAAUAUCUCAAUCGGUAUACACUACCCAGGGAGCUGUUCCGGGAUCGAUCCCCGUGCACAGCGCCCCAGCAGUCCCACCUUUUCUUGCCAGUGGGGGUGAACACUACACCUGGCAGUUACAAGCCCCUCGUGAUGUAGCAUGGGCACCGGAAGAGUCAGCAUAUGCCGACCGCUGGAAACCUCAUCGAUGCAGUGAUUCCCCUCCUGUUUUCCCCAUCCGGGAAUCUUCUUCUGGCCCCAAGCCCCGGUCCACCGCUAAGGAUCAAGCCUUCGUGCAAUUUAACUUGACGGAAGAGCAAGCAGAGAGGGAACGCGGGCUCAUUCGUCGUGACAGGGGAUAUCAGGAUGAAGUUUCUGAUCAGCCGGUUCAACUGAUUGACCGAGAGGAAGAGCUGGCCCGCCAGGAAACUGAGCGUCGAGAGCACCGCCAAAAGGAGCAAUAUGACGAGGAGCGCGGGCAUUCUGGCGAAAGAGAGGGUGGUACCUCAUCCUGGGUUGGUGCAACAGCUGCCAGAGCUGUUCGCGCUGCUAUUGUCAGAACUGCAGACUAUGACGAAGCAUCCGAAGCCAGUCAGCGAUACAAUGAUUGCCGAGAGACAUGCCGCACCGAGCGGAAACGCGACAAUAUUUCAGUGGUGGAUACUUCGGUCGUGUCGCGGUUUGAGCCCACUCAAACUUUUGAUGCAGAAGUCACAAAAGUGGAACACCGCGAAGACCAGAAGAAAGAAUCUCCUCGAUCUCCCCGUCCAGCACAAGUUUACGACGACUACGCGGACUUUUAUGCCCCUGAGGAGUUACGACACCGUCCAGAGGAUCACGCCCUCGGCCGUGAGUCUACUACUACACCAACCAUUGUGGAGGUAGAGCCCGCUAGCGAACGACGUACAAAUGAGGAACCUGCACCUACGGGGGUUGACUACUCAUACGAACCCUAUCAACACGUGGAUCGCCUCCCAUGGCCAGUCCCUAGGCUCAAAUUUAUUGAGCCAAGUCCUCCCCAGAGCGUGAAUGAUGGUCCCGUUCGCUAUGCUGCCUCGCCAAUGCCCCCCCUAAAUAAACCUAAUAGUACCAAGCCCUACGCACGAUCAAUCGCCUCCCGGGUCUCCUGGGGCAAACAUGAGACUCACGAAUACGAGAUCCUUUCUUCUUCUGAACAGGAUCCUCGUGCACAUGACAUUUCCCCUACUGAGAUACCAGCUAAGAAUGUUCCUCUCCCGGAAUCCGAGAUACCCCAAUCAAAGGAUAUCCUCAGCACACCGCAGUACGGCGCCGAUAUUGAAUUCGCCGCCACGAUUGCUGCCGCGACUGCUGCUGCUGGGUUUGACCCCGCCCUGGUCACAGACGACCCAUCCUACCAUACACGCAGUUCUCUUCCUGGAUCGGAGAAUGAACACGUCUUUACCUCACCUUGGUCUGUAUCGGCUCGGAGGCAGCCCCAGGGCUUCACCGAGGGCGAGCUCAAAGAAAAUGACCCCAAGUUUACCAAGGAUAUCACAUCCGCUCCAAAAAGCGUGUUCCAGGAUAAGGAUAUUCUUCUCUCCGAACAGCCAGAAUCCUUGUUAAGUGAUCGAGAUUUAUCCUCGGAAUACCAUGACAGGGCCUCCAUUUCCCGUGAGGUUAUUGAGCAGCCGAGUGGCAAAUCUGGCAAGCGCGAUCGUAUCCCAUCGUCAGAAAAUGAAGCAGAUGUCUUCUCGAUGCCUGGUGGCUUUGAUACAGCCGGCUCUAAAGACUUGGCUAACGCAAGAUCUGUGGCCUCAGCGUCAGCGCCUGUUGCCAUGGACCCAGAGUCCCCAGCCAAGUCCAAGUCUAAGAAGUCAGGGCAGAGUGGUGAUGUCUUUGAUCCCCCCGAGUGUCAAGAGCAAGAACUCGCCGAAUCUCCUGUUUUAAAGGAUGGGACAACGAAGUCCCACAACUCCCGGCGCAACGGCGAAGAGUUUGAAAGUAGCGAGUCACUGGAGGUUUCUGCAUCUCGGGGUGACUCUUACGCUGUUGUCUCUGCUUGGUUGGAUAAACGCUCAUCCCGCGAGGACAUAUCCAAAGCUGGCGUGGAUGAUGAACGCCAUCGCCACGAGAAGCGUUCUUCCCAGCACCGCAGCUCCAGCAAUGGGGAUGACAUCGAUCGAUUUAUGUCGGACAAGCAGAAGAAUACUCAAGAUGACACAAAUCUGGAGGAGUGCAGAUCCAGUAGACAGCAGAAGGAGGAGCGGCGUCGUCAUCGUUACGAGGAAAUCGUUGAUUCAGGAAGGAACCGAGAAUCUGAUAAGGACGGAUAUAGCGACGUCUUCGACGAGCAAUCUUUUUCUAGGAAGCAACUUGAAAUUCUAGCCUCUGAGCGCGAAAAACAUGGUGCUUCGUGGCUACCAACAGCAGAGUCUAGCGCAGCUGUUGUCGCUACAACAUCAGGUCUCAAUGAGAUCCUGCAGCAGAGGGCCCGGAGCCACUCCACCUCCCCACCAGCCACAGAGAAGAUAAUCGACCUGACCCCUAAGUCUCUAAGCCGCCCCGCUUCACCUAAAACAAGCCACCCCCAGGAGUCCCGAUCGCCCAAGCAACGCCGACACUCUGUGGCCAAGUCCACCACCGAAUCGCCAACAGCCGUGCCUCUCCACUUCCGCCGGCCUCCAACUUCCCCGAGCCUCUCCCGCGCAGUCCCCGUUGAACAAUUCACCCCCGUCGCCUCCCCUAGCUCCCCAAGCCAGCAUCGCAAUCGCCGUCCCGGGUCAUUCGAGUUCCGAAAUUCGCGCGAGAUUCGCCCUUUAUGGCUCGUCGAGCGCCACAGCCUGAUCAAGGGCGAGCCUGAUACCGAAGAGCCAUUACCAUCGCUCCCAUCAAGCAAGACCUCCUCCCGCACCCCGUCAAUGGAGCUCCUUCAUGAUCACGACGGCCCCGAAAGCUGGAAGCAUGUAGAGCUGAGCCACUCAAUCAUGAAAAAUCAGCGGCCCACUGGUUUGAUGAUCACAACUGACCAAGCGAACGAAAGCCAUGAUAGAGAGCUUGAUCUUCUCGGCUCGCAGCAGGCCACACCUACUGCUGAAAACUUCCAAGAUUCAGAGAACAGGAAGGAAAAGCCCAAAUACGAAUUCCACUCUCCCUCGGAGCUCCUGCAGGACCCCGCUGUUCUUGACGAGUUGCCUUCCUUACCUAUGCUGGACGCUCUGCCUUCUGCGGAAGGCUCCAUGGUUGGCGUUGGCUCUAGGGAGCAAGAAACGCAGCGUGCGCUUGAUGCUCUAGAAGGUGUGUCCCGUCCUCAGCCUGAGCCCGAAACCCAGACCCAAGAGAAGGAUUCGAUCUUGGACUUUGCCAAGGGUGCUGGUUUUGCUGGUAUUGUCGAUGCAGCUGCCAUUGCCUCUGCCGGGGAACAUGAUCAGUCUCGCUUCUUGCCCGUAGGCGAACCCGAGAAGGGUCAUGGCUUCAGUGACAUCGUCAAUGCGGCGAUUGCCGCUGAACGCUCUUCUCACGACCAUGCCAAGGCGCCUGUCGCUGAGAAGGCUCUCGGUGAGCUCGUUACUGCCAUCGAAAAGCAUUGCCCCGCUGUGCCCGAGCCUAUACACCCAGACAUGGAGACGGCCAAUGAAUAUGACCCUGAGUCUUCUGAACAUCAACCUCAGCCUGAGACAAAAGUCACUACUAAGGAGGGUGCAGCUACCCUGUCUUGUCAGAAAAAAAUCAAGACUGAAUGCAAGGAAGAUGCCGAUCUUGUAGCCCCCGGGCAACCUCUUGGGCAGGAAGCGUCGUCUAAGGAGUUGGUACAGGAAUCUGCAGUGGAUGCGCUUGUCAUUGAAGCGGGUUCUGCUGAGCCUGGGGUCGACGAGCCUGUGCUCGAAGCUGCUCUGGUCAAAUCCACUCCUAUCAAGAACGCUCCUGUUGAGCCUGGGGAUGCUGUUCCUGAGCGAUCUGAGGCCGAACCUAUCAAGGCCUCUCUUGAGCUUCGCAAUGAGCCUUUGGUGCCAGCAACUGAAAAAACAGAAGUUGUUACCACCCCUGAACUUGAGCCUGCUGAGGUGGCGCCUGUCGAAAUCCAACAGGCUGAGAACACUGCAUCAUCGCUUGAAAAGGCCAAACGCGACAAGACGAAGCAGAAGACUAAAUCUAAGGACGUAUCUCCUUUCGAAGAGCCUUCAGAUGAUACGGUUGUUGCUCAUCCUCAGGAUGAUACUUCUGCCUCCAAGGAUAUUGAGGGCCAGCAAGAAGACGACGCACAUGCGGCUGCCAAGGAGAUUGCGGCUGCGCCGUUAUCCGAGGAUAUUGAUAUUUCGACUGGAUUCCCUGAGAACACCUCUGAGCAGACUGCGAUAUCCACUGCUGCCACUGAUGGAGUGCAAGAUCGAAACCAGCAGGACUCCAAAGAGCUGACCGAGCCUAUGAAACAGGUACAUAGUGAAGAGUCUGUACCACCUGUUUCCGAAGAUCCUAGUUUGCCCACCGAUGGACAGAAAACCCCGGAGCCAAUUUUCACUGAUGCCAUUGAGAACCCAAUUACUGGUGCUAUUCAACCAGACGCAGAGGAGGUAUCCCGCAGCCCGGAAGAGUCUGAGAAGCCAACUGAAGAUUUUACUCCAGAGGCCCCUCUUGAUGUCACCGCGCAUGAAGUUACUGAACCAUCCAAAGAAGCCACCGAAGGUGUGGAUAACUUCGAAGAGGCUGUUGAAGAACAGAUUCUACAGCCUGCUGAAGAAGCGGAGCCUGCACCGGAGCCUCCCAUCCAAGUGACUGCAGAUGCCCCUGCAGAGGCUUCAGGCACCAAGGCAGAGAAGCAGAAAAACAAGAAAAACAAGAUAGAAGAGAUUAGUAUUUCCCACGAUACACCUGCUCCCGAGACUGCAAUUCAGCCAGAACCCCAAUAUCUCGAAACUGAGCAAUCAGUUGUUGUCGAACCUGUGGACACCCAAUGCACUCCGAUUGGCGGUGAAGCCUUUCCAUCUGAUCCUGAACAUCUUGAACAGCCUACCAAGGAUAUUGAACAACCUCUCGAAAGUAAAUUUAAGCAGCCUGCAAAAACUCAAGAGCAGGAGCAAAUUCCAUUGGAGGCCGCUAUAGAUGCAACACAUGUCGUGACCGAGCCAGUGGACCCAGCUGGGUCAUCUGAUGAACUGUCACAGCCCGCUGUCAUCGAUGUCCAGCCUAACGUUAAACUCAUGGAUCCUGCUGAAGGGUCUUCCCGCGAAAUCUCAGAAACUUUUCCUGUUGAGACUCAACCCAAUGCCGAAGUCGCCUUGACAGCGGCUCAGAAGAGGAAGGCCAAGAAAAAUAACAAGAAGGUCAAGCAAAGUGAAAAUUUCAUUCAUGACGACGAGAAGCCCGCUGAGUCUAUCUCGCCGUCACCUGCGAUUGAGACCCCCGCCGAGAAUGUGGCCAAGAAAGCUUUCCUUGUCACCAAAGACGCACCGGUGGAUGCGCCUACUCAAGAACGCGAGAUGAAGCUGCCUACCGAGAUCGAACAAUCGCUUGAGCCCGAGCAACUUCCCGAGCCUGAGCAACUUUCUGAGGUUGUGCCGCCCCAGAAAGAAGCUUCUCUGGACCCUGUUCCAGAACCAAUGGUGGAGCUGACAAACAAAGAGACACUUAAUGAAGAACCCAUCGCACUAGAGGAGCAGCCUAAAGCCGAAAAAUCUCCUGCCGAGCCAGAGGUUCCUAUGACCGCUGCCGAGACGACGAAGUCUAAGAAGGCGAAAAAGGAGCAGCAGGAAGGGCCUAAAGAUAUCAUUGGCUCUACCGCUGAAGAUAUCAAACCCGCUGAGGCCGAGCCUGCUCCCGAUGCCGAAUUUGCUGAGUCAAGCAAGGGUACUGCGCGUGUCGCAGAAACUGAUGGUAUUGCUCCGGCGGAAUUCUCCGCGCCGGCGCCUUCCGAGCACACUCAGACUGAACAACAUGUUGCACAAGCUUCUACAGACAAGCCCGAGGCCGCCAUAGUCACCAAAGAUACUAUUUUGCUAACUGACACUGAGACUAUCAAGCCAACGGAAGACAUCGAGUCUCCCGCUGACGCUGAGCCCCUGAUAGAAGACGUUGCCCCGUUGUCUGAGAUUGGGGCCACAGAAGCUGCCACAGAAGCUGCUACAGAAGCUGCCACAGAUGUUCCACUUGCAUCCGGGGGACUCACUGCUGCUACCGAAAUGCUUCGAGAUGUUGACCAACAGGGCGUUGUCGUUGCAGUAGAGGGGCCGAAGAGCGAGCAUGUGAUUCCAGCGCCCAGCGAAGAAACUUUGGUUGACGCUGCACAGACCGAUGCGCCCAAAGCGGAAGAACAAUCACCAAAAUCUGAGUCCCCAAUGACUGCUGCCGAGAAGAAGAAGACCAAAAAAAACAAGAAGCAGCAGCAGCAAGAGUCUGUACAACUUGAUGAGCAGUCCACGCCUGAGACUGAGCCUACUUCUGUCGAGCAAAAGACUAUCAAACAAUCUAAUGACGGUUUGCCCGAGUGUGGAGCCACACCUACCAUAGAGCCCGCAACGGGUAUUGAUGAGCCUACAGAACCCGAGGCAUCCAGCGUUCUUGAAGCCGAGACUAAGUCUGAAGAGGGACAAGCCCAGGAUGUGCCAGUUGUCGACUCCGAACUUGCUUCAGAGGCACCCGAAGGCGAGGCUAUUCAUACCCCGGAGCUUGUUGAACAAGCCAUAGAUGUUCAAGUUGGGGACAAAGAAAUUACCCCAGAGCCGACAGUUGAAGGUACUGAUUCUACGGAAACCCCCCAGGAAGAACAAAAUCUUGAUACAGUCGUCAGCGAGGAGCCUGCUUUCGACAAGCCCUUAGAUAAAAAGCCCACAGACUCCACACCAGAGCCAGUUGUGGAGGUGACUCAACCAAAGGAGUACGCAGGAAGUCCAGUAUUGGAGCAAGAUUAUGAUAAACAGGCGACAAAUUCUUCAGAGACGAAGAAGAGGAAUAAGAAGAAGCGCCAAUCAGUUGCCGCUGAAGAGGAGCAGUCUGCACCUGCUGAGGAUGAGGUUGAGCUUGCGCCCACCGAAGAACAAUCUAUAGCUGUGCCCACCGGGGGUGAAUACACUGAACCUACGCCAUCUGAAGAUGUUGAAAAUCAUUCACUCGAUAAAGAAGUUAAGAUUGUUGUUGCUGCGGAUGAGCCCUGUUUGGAAGAACCUACGCAGCCUGAGGCCGCUGUCGAUGCAGCUGCCAUCAAGACCACUGAAGAGGCAUCGAUGACUCCCGCUCAGAAAAGGAAGGACACGAAAGACAAGAAAAACCGCCAAUCAGUUGUUGCCGGGGAGGAACAGUUUAUGCCUGUUGAUGAGCCCAAGCCUGAUCUAACUGAGGACGAGGUUAAGCUCGCACCAGCCGAAGAGGAAGCUACACCUAUGCCAACUGGGGGUGAACCCACUGAAUCCCCACCAUCGCAGGAGAUUGAACCACGUUCUCUCGACAAAGCCGUGGAGGCUCCUGUUAUAACGGAGGAGGCGCCUAAGACCGAAGAGCCCAUACAACUGGAGGCCCCUACUAAUACGGAUGCUGCAGAGACCGGUGAAGAGGCAACAAUGACCCCUGCUCAGAAGAGGAAGGCCAAGGCUGAAGAGCCCUAUCUGGAAGAGGCCACGCAGCCUGAGGCCACUGUCGAUGCAGCCGGCACCGAAGCCGUUGAAGAGCCACCAAUGACUCCUGCUCAGAAGAGGAAGGCCAAGAAGGACAGGAAAAAGCGUCAAUCAGUUGCCGCUGAAGAGGAGCAGCCUACACCCGCCGAGGAGGAGGUUAAGCUUUCACCUGCUGAAGAGGAAUUUGCAUCUGUGCCUACUGAGGGUAAAUCCACCGAAUCCGUACCAUCGCAACAUCUAGAACACCCUUCUCUUAACCUAGACACGGAGAUUUCUACUGCGACAGAAGAAGCGGCCAAGGCUGAAGAGCCCUAUCUGGAAGAGGCCACGCAGCCUGAGGCCACUGUCGAUGCAGCCGGCACCGAAGCCGUUGAAGAGCCACCAAUGACUCCUGCUCAGAAGAGGAAGGCCAAGAAGGACAAGAAAAAGCGACAAUCAAUGGUUGCUGAAGAGGAACUGCCUACGUCUGUUGAGGAGCCCCAGCCUGACUCCCUCCAGGAAGAGCCCAUUGAGAUUGAGUCGAGCCACGAAACGGAACAGCCUACUUUGGACCAAUAUGCCCAGACUCCUAAUAAGAGAGAAGAAGAAGCGCGUAUGACCCAGGAGCCAUUUCUGAAAGAAGUCACACAGCAGGAUUCCCCUGCCGAUGCAGCUUCUACCGAGGCUGCCGAGGCUGCCGAGGAGGAGGCAAUGACUCCCGCCCAAAAACGGAAGGCCAAAAAAGACAAGAAAAAGCAACGCAAGUCCGUUGCUUUUGGCGACGAGCCCACUCCGACCGAAGAGCCCAAGCCAGAGCAGGAUUUAUCUGCGUCUGAAGAUAAGGUCGAAUCAUAUGACGCGCCGGCUGACUUGGUUGUGUCAGAAGAAUCAGCUGAGGAGCUGCCAGUGACUGAAGCAGUCGUCGAGCCUGCUGCUAAAGGAGAAGCCUCGGAGAAGACAGAAGCACCCACCUUCUUUGAAAAAAACAAGGAGAUCGCCGAGCCUGGGCCAGUCUCAACAGUUGCGUCCGAUACCCCCAUUUCUGCUGAGGUCGAAGAGCCAAAAUCGGCAAUUGAGUUACCAGAGCAGCCGGAACAUGCCGAUCAGACUCCCUCAGAACCUCAGUCGCCGAGUGCACAGGUGCCCGAAGUUCCCUUGACUGCGGCGCAGAAGAAGAAGGCGAAGAAGAACAAGAAGAAGGUCAAGUCUGUGGACUUGGCCGAAAAGGCCUCUAGUGCCACAGACGUAGUGCAGGAAUCUGAGCCCAAUGUCCAAACUUCCACCGGUUAUCCCGCCGCUGUACCAGAGUUGCAAGAAACUCCGGUUUCUGAGCCAGCACAGCCGGCAGAAGGUGUCGAGCAAGAAAAUGCCAACGAGCCCGAGGCUUACAAGGCAAAUGAACACGAGACAACAGAAAUCGUACCUCGCGAUGUGACAAAAGAGGAAACUCCUGAUGUCAAGGAGACUAAAAUUGAACCUCGGGCUACUGAGGCGAUUGUCGAUGGUGAGCCAGCCCCCUUCCAGGAAACAGAGCCCACUGCCCCUUCUCCCGCCGAAACGGCCGAAGAAGGUGGCAUGUCGGCCAAGGAGCGACGCAAAGCUGCCAAGAAAGCGAAGAAACGCCAGUCCAAGAAUAUCGACGCCGACAACAACGCCGCGAGCUCCGAUUCGCUUUCAGCCCCGACAGCGGAGCCUGCUGCAUCAACUGAAGCGACCUACGUUGCUGAAAAGGUCAUCACUUCUACGGACGAAGACGCCUCUGGACUUUCAGUCGUAUCGGCGUCCUCGCCCGCGGAACAUGACGGUAAAGAACAUCAGUCCCACGACAUAGAAACUAACGACGCCACAGCGCAAAAUACGGCCUCGACCGAUACAUUUAUGCCUUCGCAGGUAAAGCAGACGCCGAAAGAGAGUCCUUUUUUAGAUUAUCCUCCCCAACCCGUGCUUGAGCGUUCAGAUGAUUCCGGCUGGUUGGUGGAGGUAAAUGCUCCGCAGGAGGGCGAUGUUGCUCCUACUGCACAGGAGCGAGAGGGGAAGUUGGUUGAGGCAGCACCCCUUGAGGGAAUCAAGAUAGCUGAUAAUGAUAAAAAUGUUGAGGAAAAAUCAUCUAUGCCGGAAAUAGGUGAUCUAUCCACGGAGAAGGAUGUUGAACAGAUUGUGGUUGAAGAGAUGCCUGUGGAUGUGCCGAUUGAUUUUGUUCCUGAGGCACAGACACAAGAAUAUCUUGCGGAGGAGGAGGCUUCUGAGACAGCUGUCUCGAAGAAGCAGAGGAGGAAAACCAAAAAGAAAACCGAAAAACAAGACGACGAAGCUGCAGCAUUUGAGCCUGAGACCCCCAUUGCAGAGGACAAGGAGCAGCUUGAAGCUGCGCUUUUGGUUGAGGCCGAGCCCCAGCUAGAGGUAAAGCAAAUAACUGAGCCGGAGCCCACUAUUGAGGCCGAACCAGUGCCAGUUUCAGAGGAGCAAUCGGCAGAUCACCUACAGGAAAUCGCAGCGACUGGGGCUGUCCAAGCAACUGAGAAGAUUGAUGACACCAAAGAGGUCAAGAUCCCAGAAGCCGAGGCCAUUCCUACUUCUACAGAAGAGACCACGCAGCCAGAGGGCCCUGCUAAUGCAGCCGCCGCUGAGGUCGCCGAGGAUCUUGUGAUGCCUUCCGAAAAAUCCGAACAGGACCUUUCAAACCAGGAAAUCAAUAGCGGGGAGCGUUCUAUUGAAUCCCUGUCCAUUGAAUCUAUAACCCAGGAAGGAGACAAGCCGGCCAAGGAAGCAGCCAAAUCUCCGGUCGAGGUUCCAGAUGACGAGCAACCUAGCGAACAAGCGCUGCCUGAAGCUGCCCUUGAGCCCGAAGAGGAAUCUGGCAGUGUUCCCAAGAAAAUGAGCACGAAAAAGAAAAAGGCUGCCGCCGCUGCCGCCCUUCUUGAGGAACAAAAACUCGUCGAGUCACAACCUGAGCCCGAGGAGCCCUCAGCUAUCACUGCUCAAGCAUUAGAGGAGGUGAUAGAGAAACCACAUAUCGUUCUAGAGCCACAGCCUCUAGAGACCGAUAGUAUGCCCCAGCCUGAGGCAAAAAGAAGCCUAGAGAAACCAUCAGGAUUGACAACUUCCAAGCUGAAAGAAGACAUCCUGGAGCAGCUUAUUGGGGCUUCUCUGUCUACGGAGCCUCUCGAAUUCGAGGACAAACUGGAGGUGUCCACAAAAGAGUUAGCCGAGGAUCCACCUGCGGCCGGCACCGAUACUAAGAAAGGGUCAAAGAAAGACAAGAAAAAGGCCAAGAAGCAAGUAAAGCAGGAAUUUAUUGGGCCGGCUUCUCCUCCCACCGAUGAGCAUGUCCCUAUCACCGAGCCUGUGACUGCAGAGGCUCCCACAUCUGAGGCGACUUUUGAGGAGACUGCAACGGAGGUUGUUCCUACUACCGAGCCUGCAACUACAGAUCCCGCUGUUGAACUGGAGACGACUCUUCAAGAAGCACCGACUAACACUAUUCCUUGGCCUGAGUCUAAUGGCCGGGAAGAAACCCAUGAGGCUCCCAAGCUCGAGGUCGAAAGCAUCGAAACGCCAGCUCGUGAGGGAUUUAGCACCGUUUCAGAAGACAGGCGGCCUUCAGAAAGCGAGAAAAAUGAAAUUGUCGUCCCUCUGGAUACCCUCGAUACGCUCUCGCCUGUGGAACGCAGUGACUCAAAUACCAAAAAUGAGACCCUUGACCUCGAGAGUCUUGCAGAGAAGAAGGACCAGGAAGACGAAUCUAAUGCCGGGGCCAAUCCACAGGAUCUUGAGAAAGCCCCUGACUUUGAAGACGUUGAGCACCUUGUUGAAGACCGACCUGGAGAGCCCGAAGUGAAGCUGGCUCUGUCCGAGAAGGAAAAGCGUAAGGCCCAGAAAACUGCUGGCAUCACUGAAGAAGUUCCGACUCGACAACAAGAAGAGCUUCAGGCUGGUGUUGCUGAGUUGCCCACCGAAUCUGAGAUCCAUCUGACAGAGCCUGCCGUGGAGCAGGAGAUUAUCAAGGAAACUGAAUGUUCUGCAGGGCCUCAACCAGCAUUGGAGAGAGAUCUUCCAAUCGAGACUCCCCAUCCGAUUGAGAAUCAGCCUAUACUACACCCAGAAGUUCAGGUUGAGCCUACGCGACCUGUUAAAGAGACCGCCAGCGAGGAAGCUCCGCUUUCACACAGGGCCUUGACGAAGAAGGCCAAGAAGGCCCAAAUGGUCAACCAACACUUGGACACUGAGCCACCGGCUGAAACCACGAUCGAUGCAGAUCGGCAUGCUACCAUUGUGGCGUUCGAAGAGGAUCAAUCAAAGGCACAGGAUACAGAAGUGCCAGACGAGAAGUCAUCACAUGACGAAGAGGAUUGGCCGGCAAUUGACUGGCAGGCCAAGAUUGAAGAGUCACAGCGAUUAAGGGAAGCGGACCCCGAACCUGAGCUGCAUAUUCCACCUCCUGAGCCGGAGAUAAUUGGAGAAUUUAUUGAUUCUUCAUUCCCUGAAGCUUCGCAAGAUGCAAACGAAGCUCCGGAACAAGAUGCUUGGGCUUUGCCAGUGAGCAAAAAAGACAAGAAGAACAAGAGGCAGUCACAGCAAGCUGCUCCGGAAGUCGAGGAGGAGUCUCCACUGGAACCCUCAAACGAUAAAGAGACCGAGCCGCCUUCUGCAACAACUACGACCGGUGGAUCUAAGAUUGCCGGCUUGUUUCCCGGCCUCGAACGCGCUGGAUUUCGGCGAUCCGCUUUGGUCCAGAAAACACGUUCGCUAAAAGAUAGUGCUGAGGAUGAGACAACAGCGGACUUAGAAGCGAAUCGCGAAAUCGCGAUCCCUGUCUUGGAAGCACCCCUAGCGACCACUGAAACCAAAGAAACUACCGAUGACAUCACUUCGGGGCUGCCUAGCAGUCUCGAAAGUAAAAUUGAGUCUGCAAUCUCGGAGCUGAAAACUCACCCCGAACCACCUCCUGCUACGGUGAAGGAAUCGAUCAGAGAUUCAGACCGUCCGAAGUUAGUCAAAAAGUACUUGGAUGCACCCUCGUCAUCGUCAAGGGAGCCCUCCAAUGAGCGGACUUGUACUGAGGAACCUCCUUCUCCUGUGCGUUUUCCACCCCCAGCGGAAUCCGGAGAGCAACUGUGUGGACUAUCCCGAUCCCCAUCAAUUCAUGGAAGGCACCAGCGCACGCCCAAAGCUUGGAGUUUGGAAGAGCCAUCUCUACAAGCUAUUCGUGCCCCAUCCCCUCCCCGAUCGCUAUUUGGACCGACCGACGAUUAUGUGCGACCACGGACUCCGCUUGAUACAAUCGCGGAACAAGAACCACGGUAUGCGCACGGGGUGACCAUGGCUCGUCGCGGGACGCCCCGCCUGGAGAUGAAGCCCGAACAUUUCUUACCUCGACCUCAGACACCCGUCCGGAAACUUACAGACAAUGCUUUUGAUCGAGAAGCUUGGCCUGAAAACCAGAAAGAGAGUUUCAAACCAGAAUUUUUUAAAACGCCCGAGCAAGGGAUCCUGAAGUCCAGCACCAGCAGUGGAAAAUUGCGUCGUACAAAUCGGAGUUUUAGUGGUGAUCUGCGGGCGGCUAGUCGAGCGCUAGAUUCCCAGCCUUCGAAUCUUGAUCUCGAUCAGCUCCCGUCUUCCUCCUCUUACGACCCCGUCACCGACAAGGGCAAGCGUCCGCUGCGAAACAUGUCGGAUGUUUAUGAGGGAUGGGGUGAGACGCCCAACUCCCCGCGGUCGCCCAGCCGACCGGCUAGUGUCCGCCGCCGUCGCAGCAUGCAAUACCUGCAAGACAUCGAAACCCGCCUCGACCAGCUCAUCUCUGAGAACCGUCUGCUUAUCGCCGCCCGCGAUGAAGCCGAAGAUAAGCUUCGAAAUACCAGCGUCGCUCGUCGAAAGAGCGACCGUGCCCUUAACACCCGCGACGGCGAUCUGCGCGAUCGGGAAUCGGAGGUGGAACAAUUGAAGGGCUCUGUGGAAUGGCUGCAGAAGGAGAUCACUCGUCUAACCCAAGAGAACGAGGGGCUGGCCGCAUCCAAUUCUGCUCUUGCCGCCACCCACGCAGCCGAGGUCACCGAUUUACGCGAGUCGUCCACACGCGAACUUGCCAAAUUGCAAUCGCAACACACUCAACUCUCGUCCCAGAUAGAGGACCGAGUUCGACAAGAAAUUGAGUCGGUUCUUGCGCAAAAAGACGUUGAAUUGCGCCGUCUGCGCACCGAACUUGAGGGGGCUCGUGAUAAGGUCAAGGAGCUCCAACAACAAAUCGCAUCCUCGGUACAUGACAAUGCGCUUGUCUUCCGUGGUGAAGAAUACUUCGAGGCUGCCUGCCAGAAGCUCUGUGGCCACGUUCAAUCUUGGGUCGUGCGCUUCUCCAAGCACAAUGAUACGCGUCGCUGCCGCCCGCUCAGUGAGUUGCAGGACGAAAAGAUCGCUGAUCGUUUCGACAAUGCCCUCCUCGAUGGCUCCGAUCCCGAUGCCUAUCUAUCCGAUCGUGUCCGCCGCCGCGAUGUAUUCAUGUCGGUGGUUAUGACGAUGGUUUGGGAAUACAUCUUCACACGCUAUCUCUUCGGCAUGGACCGGGAGCAGCGUCAAAAGCUCAAAUCUCUUGAGAAACAGUUGGGCGAGAUUGGCCCGACCCGUGCUGUGCAUCGCUGGCGAGCCACCACUCUCACUCUGCUAUCCCGGCGACCAGCGUUUGCUGCGCAACGUGAGAGCGAUACGGAGGCUGUUACGCUGGAGAUCUUCCAAACCUUAUCGCAGGUCCUCCCUCCCCCGUCGCAUGUUGAAUCUCAGCUCCUGGAUAACCUCCGCAAAAUCAUGCGAGUAGCAGUCAGCCUAUCCUUGGAGAUGCGCACGCAGCUGGCUGAAUUUAUCAUGCUGCCGCCUUUGCAGCCCGAAUAUGAUACCAAUGGCGACCUUGCACGCCAAGUGUACUUCAACGCAGCCCUGAUGAAUGAGCGCAGUGGUCUGACAAACGACAAUAACGAGCUCGAAGCUCAACGUUCUAUUGUGCGCAUUGUGCUCUUCCCUCUCGUUGUCAAAAAGGGCAAUGACGUGGGCGAGGGCGAGGACGAGGAGGUCGUCUGCCCCGCCCAGGUCCUUAUUGCCCGCCCCAGUGAAGACAGGAAAGUCUCAAGGAUGAUAAGCGGCGAUCGAAUGUCCAUCGAAACUUCCAAGUCAGUCCACAGCGUUGUUCAAAGUAUUGCUAACAGUGUGACACCGUCAUCUAUAAUGGACAUGACCAAUGUGAUCUGA